CCAAACAUUUUCCAUUCCCAUCCUCCGCAAAACCCCCAAACUUAGCUAGCCUACCAAGGAAGAGGAAAAUAUUCCUCUUCCCUUAGCUCCGACGCCGCCGGCUUCCUCCGGCCGCGCCGCCGGUCGAACCCGCCAUAGAUCUCGACCGAAGCACGCUUACCAGGCGAGCAGGCGUCCUCUUCCCUCCGACUGGGUCGGUGUGGAGAGGAAGGCCCACUCGACGCGGCUCCUUUGGUUGGCUGCUUGUUCCAAGGUUAAAUGGCAAACAGAGCAAGGUGGGUGAUGAAGUUUGAAAAGGGGCUUAUUGAUAUACUACAUGAGAACAAUAAUUCACAUUAUAGGACUCCAAACGGAUGGAGAAGUGAGGGAUGGAAGAAAAUUGUUAAGGAAUUUAAUGAUAGGCACCCAGAUGCAGGGUUUACUAAAGUUCAAAUUCAGGAACAUGAGACUCAGCUGAAGAAAGACUAUAAAUUGAUAAAAUCCAUCCUUCAGCGUGAUGGUGUUUCAUGGGACCAGAAUGCUUCUAUGAUCAGAACAACAGAUGAAAUCUGGGAUGAGAUAAUCGACGAGUCACCAAAAGCGCGGAAGUACCAAAGUAAGAGUUUUCCAUUGCUUCAAUCGCUGGAGAUGUUACUUGAAAGGGAUAUUCCUGAGGGGGUCGGGUCUAUUGACGAGGAAGACAACAACACCAGCACACUGCAGAUUAUGUCUAGAAGACUUUCUGCACUGGUUCCUGGAAGCAUUGAUGAGGGUGAGAACAACAUCAGCACACUGCAAAGAACUCUGGAGCUAGGAUCACAAGGUCUGGAAGAUGUCGAUCUGCUGCAAAAUCACGAUGAAGAGGCAUUGGAAAGACCACAGCCUGGGGCAGACCCAAAGCCGCAACAAAGAGCCGAUGAACCCGCGCAGUCAAGCUCCUGCAUAGAACCACAAAAGGACAAGCCCAAGAAGCGCAAGGCGUCCGACAUCCAACAGACCAUGGAGGCUUAUCUAGACUUCAGAAUGAAACAGGCUCGCAUGAAGGAACAAACCAAAAAGGACGGCGAGCAGUUCUCGAUUUCAAGGUGUAUCAAGGCUCUGCAUUCUAUGACGGAUGUGUCUGAUCAAGUCAGGGUUCUAGCUGCUGAUGUUUUCAAGGACACGGUGAACCGGGAGAUCUUUCUCUCGUAUGAGCCCAGGCUUCGCGCUCUGUGGCUGAAGAGGGAAGUCAACAGGUUACUCUGUUGAUCAGCUGUUGUAUCGAGUCUCGUCGCGGUGUCUUGUCUCCGGUGAAAUGUGAAUUUCCACACCCUGGAGUCCUUGCUACGGAGUAGGUUGUAGGAGUAGCAUACUUUCAGUGCCUAGAAGUACUUUGGUGACUCAUUAUGUGUACUAUAGCAUACUUUCUGCGGCCUAUAAUAAUUAUUUUGGUGACUCA